AGUCCUCUGUAGACCUUGCCUUGGUCUAGGUCGCUUGAGUAGAUUUAGGUUGACCAUGACUCACAUGAAUUAAGAUUUUCUUUUGUUAUGAUGGAGAUGCAGAUGGUAGGCAAGUGAUUCUAAGUUUCCAGCAAGUUCUGGAUGUUUUAACUUGCCGCAAGAUAUUCCUGAAACGUAACACAAGAAGAAGAAUCUUCUGUGUAAAUUAGUCACAUACUUUAUUCUCCCACAUGUCACAAUCCUUCUAAUCUAUUGCAUCAAAUUCUGGACAGACUGAAGUAUAUAAGAAGAAAUAAGUGCUUACAUAGUAAUUAUUCUCCGUAAUGGGAGAGUUGCAAUUUAAGUGGCUCUUUUGGAGGAGCUUUGCUGAGUCUGGGGGCACAUUCCAAACAGUGUUAAUCUUUCUUUUCAUUCCAUAUUCCUUGACUGUGGAUUAUAGGGCAACACCAGUUCUGUCAGAUACAACUUUCGUUUGGGUCUGGAAUGUUCCAACUGAAGCUUGUGUAGAAAACGUUACUGAACCAAUAGAUCUGAGCUUCUUCUCUUUAAUUGGAAGCCCCCGGAAAACUGCCAUAGGGCAGCCUGUCACAUUAUUUUAUGUUGAUCGACUUGGUAACUAUCCUCACAUAGAUGCACAGCAAACAGAACAUCAUGGAGGAAUACCUCAGAAGGGGGAUUUGACAACUCAUUUGGUGAAAGCUAAGGAAGACGUAGAGCGUUACAUACCAACAGACAAACUGGGUUUAGCUAUCAUUGACUGGGAAGAAUGGAGGCCUACCUGGAUGAGAAACUGGACACCUAAGGAUAUUUACAGGAAUAAGUCUAUUGAAUUGGUCCAGGCAGCUGAUCCAGCAAUUAAUAUCACAGAAGCUACUGUGAGAGCCAAAGCACAAUUUGAAGGGGCAGCUAAAGAGUUUAUGGAAGGGACUUUAAAAUUGGGGAAACAUAUUCGACCAAAGCACUUAUGGGGUUUUUAUCUAUUUCCUGAUUGUUAUAACAAUAAAUUUCAAGUCGAUAACUAUGAUGGCCAAUGCCCUGAUGUGGAAAAGAAACGAAACGAUGAUCUUGACUGGCUAUGGAAAGAAAGCACGGGCCUUUACCCAUCUGUCUAUUUGAAGAAAGAUUUGAAGUCGAGUCGAAAAGCAACCCUUUAUGUCCGCUACCGAGUUUUAGAAUCUAUCAGAGUGUCCAAAGUUUCAGAUGAAUCGAAUCCAGUUCCAAUUUUUGUCUAUAUCCGUCUUGUUUUCACUGAUCAUGUCUCUGAAUACCUUCUAGAGGAUGAUCUUGUGAAUACAAUUGGUGAAAUUGUUGCUCAGGGUACCUCUGGAAUUAUAAUAUGGGAUGCUAUGUCUUUAGCACAACGUUCGGCAGGUUGCCCAAUCCUACGUCAAUACAUGAAGACAACCCUGAAUCCAUACAUAGUCAAUGUCACCCUAGCAGCCAAAAUGUGCAGUCAAACACUUUGUAAGGAGAAAGGCAUGUGUUCGAGAAAAACAGAAAGUUCAGAUGCAUAUCUUCACUUGGAUCCAAGUAGUUUUUCUAUUAAUGUAACAGAAGCUGGAAAGUAUGAAGUUCUUGGCAAGCCCGAGGUUAAAGACUUGGAAUACUUUUCUGAACAUUUUAAAUGCAGCUGUUUUAGCAAAAUGACAUGUGAGGAGACAUCUGAUAUGCGAAGUAUACAAGAUGUGAAUGUGUGCAUGGGUGACAAUGUUUGUAUAAAAGCCACGCUAGGACCCAACUCAGCAUUCCACCUCCUACCUGGCAAAGGCCUCCUCCUUAUGACAACACUUGCUCACAUCUUGCACCAUCUACCACAUGAUAUUUUUGUUUUUCCGUGGAAGAUGCUAGUCAGUACUCCUUAGUUUUCUCUAUCCAGAGCAUUUGCUAUAUUAUUUUUUUGCAGGCCUCGGUAAUUUGGGAUUAUGAAUGUGAUUCUAUUUUGCAAAAGCAAUUCAAUUUUAAUAAUCAAGAUUCUAUUUUUGAGUUUCAAAGACAAAUUAUAUACUCUUCCACCAAAGACUGAUUGCAAGCAAGGCUACUGAACUUAGAGAUUAUUUUUUGUUUAAAGAGAAUGAAAACUGAAUAAAAUAACUAACUAUAAA